CAGAAACGACACGCUGUACGUCACAAAUGGUGAUUUGGCAUAGUGGGGCUUCAGAUUUGUUUGAGGAUAGGCUGUAUCAUCUAGUAGUAGUGUGUAUUAUCCUUGGUCGGCAUUAUUCCAUUAAUCCAAUUCACGUGGCUCCGGUUUAACAAACCACAACAUACCGCACAAAUUCGAGUGAGAUAAAAAGCUUGUUCGCCCCUUGCUCCGAUUUCUCGUGACGAAUCACCUAGUAGCUCCAAUCUCUAAUCUUUGAACUUUUGUCGACUACUACAACGCGAUAUUUUUGAGGUUAACUGUUAACUUUUGUUUGAUUUUUUCGGCUUGGGUUUGUAUCUCGAUUCUUGUUCAAUCUAGGGUUUCAUCAAUUUAAAACCGUUUAUUUUACCCAUUUUAUACCGAAAAAGCCUAGUAAAACAUGUCAAAAGCUCAUCCACCAGAAUUAAAAAAGUUCAUGGACAAGAAACUAUGCUUGAAACUCAAUGGGGGCAGACAAGUUACUGGCAUUUUGCGGGGUUUUGACCCUUUCAUGAACUUGGUCGUAGACGAGAGUCUUGAGGAAGGUAGAAAUGGCUCCAAAAAGAACAUCGGCAUGGUGGUGAUCAGAGGCAACAGUAUUGUGAUGUUAGAGGCACUGGAUCGAAUCUAGAUUUUCCACUUUCUUUUAGAUUAAGGUUGUAUACUUGAUAUGUAAUUUGUAUUUCUCAAUGGUUACGGUUGCUUAUGUAGCUCAAGAUCCAAUUAAAAUAAGCCAAAGUGCUCUUUCUAAGUGUUUCUCAGUAUCAUUAUUAUUUAUAACUCAAUAAACCAUACAUGGGCAACUAAAUCUAAGAUGGUCAUCUUAAAAAUGGUGUUUAAUUAUUUUUGAAUUAUUAAAAGAAUUUUGGUAGAAAUAA